AUGCUCGUCAACUUGCCACGUAAUUCUAGCGACAAAAUCGAGCGCACUUCGAACACAAGCUACACCGGCACAGCGCCGAUGCCGCGCCUCUGGUAUCAUAUGUUGGUUGUCGAGGCUAGUUUGGGAGCUAAUUCGUGGAAGACUGGUGCGUUAAACGCCUGGCUUGGACUCUGCUUCAUAGCUUCUUCGAGCUGCGGAGCCGAUCUUCUCAGUAGCCGAGGUGGUGGUGCCGGGGGGCCGUGGCUGAUUACACGAACAGACCGACUGGCUCACUUGUGGCCGCUGCGCCAGCGCCGACGCCUCUGCCUCUCUCCACCCCGCCAGCACUCCGACAGUGCCGAGGGGGUUGACCAGGCCCGACCGCAAUUCCACCUCCCCCCGCCCCAGACCCCCCUUCCAACAACAGCAACUGAGGGCGCGCAAGUCAUGACCGCUUCUUCCUCCACCGAACAACGAAUCCACCCGACUGGACACGACUUUAGUGAAUCCCAUGUUGCUCUAGAUGUUGAGGCACUUCAGCUGAGCGCUAUUUCAUUGGGCAGCAGCGAGGCAGCCGCAAGUGCUGCCGUGUCGGAUUUGGUGACCGUUAAGACGGCCGCCAACACCUCCUCCCUCUACUCGCCCUCUACACACGCCCUAAACAGCUCACUAGAGCACCUGCCUCGACCAGUGCGGUGGUUGGUGUCAUCCAAGGGUCGUAUGACUACGGUCGCUUUGCGCGCACUCAACGCUCUCCGCAAGCAACGCAACAACGGUGCUGACAGUUGGAAGCGGGCGCUUUCCGUUUCUUCCUCGAUGAAUAAUGGCAGCGAUGGCGCUAUUACCCAGUCCAUUUCCAGUCCUGAUUGGUUCCAACACCACCCGCUCGAUUCUGUGAUCAAAUCAAAGACCCGAAGCACAUCGCCGUCGCAUUGUUCGUCCGCUUCGGCAACUCAGCGCUCCUUGUCUGACACCUUUGUAUUUCGUGGCCUCAUUCUGCCUGUUGACGUGAGCACCCUCGGCAGGAACUGCUUUUGUGACUCUCCACAGAGACAAGAGACUCCAACUGUUGAGCCACAAUUGAAUGUGGUCAGCGGUUAUGACUCUUAUGAUACAAUCACUGGGUUUCUAGCCGAAGUAGACACCGAAGCGGGGUCCUGGCAUUGCGACGUUUUGGAAGCCAUCGAAAAUCUCAUGAACUGUGUUCUCAUCGGCCGAGUUGACUCCAGCCUCGUUGAGCUCUACACCAAGGCGGUUAUGCGUCGAUCAGAAGGAUCCCCCAGCCACAUCGGCGCCUGUCUCCAUUCCGAGGUCGCUCAGCUACUCUCCAACUACUCGUAUUCCCGCCUAGCUCGUACUAUUGCUCAGUCCUUCCUCUCGGAGUUUCCUCCGUUUGUUGAGGUGAGUCCUGAAACCGUGAUGGUUUGA